AUGCCUUCAGUGAUCCCUGCCGAGACCCUCGAUGGUACUGAGCAUCCUAUGCUCAACAUGCUUCCCACCCUUCGUGAACGAGUCAUUUCAAUGGUCUUGGAGCAGGAAGAGGCGAUCAGGGAAAAGUUGGCUGAAGUCCGUAUCUACAAUGCAGCCCUGGACAGACUGGAGCAAGGCAGAGAUCCGAGGUUGAUGCAGGCAAUUGUCAGGGGGUUGCCAGUGCCCCUCCCAGAAGCCUGGGCUCUCCGAAUCGCUCAUGAGGCCAGUGAUUAUGUUGCGAAGAGAUUCAAUCAUUUGGUGCAAAACACACCUGACUAUCCCCAGGUCAUCCCACCUGUCACUUUGGACUCUCAUCUAGUGAUGGCAUGUGAUCGCUUGGUCGUUUGCCUGACCGAAGCAUUCAAUAAUCCAAUUAACAUGGAGAUAGAUAUUGUCUGGUAUAGCGAACAUGUUGGUCCCAUGAACACUGGACAAAACAAGGAGAAGGAAGAGAGGUUGCUACACAGGUUUCCCCCCGGUCAUAACACCGAUGGCCCAAUGUAUCUUGACAAGCCUGCCACGGUUCUCGAUUCCCUCAGCCGCAUGAUCAUGUGGUAUCUCCCUGGAGCCUUCAAUGAGGAAACCCAAAAGCAGAUGGUGGUGGCUACCCAGCUGAUGGAGUCUCAGCUGCAACACAGUCUACAUGCUGAAGGCCACAGCAGCUGGAGAACCAAUGAGGAGCUUUUCUCACAUGGGUCCGAUCAAUCGCCCCCAGGCUGCAUCAAUUUCUCGCCGGCUUGGUUUCAACAGGCCCAUAAUCUGGGCUAUGACCAGGAAGUCUCGGCAUUGCUGAAGGCAUCUGCUGCCCUCAGAGUUAUGCAUCCCGAGCAAUAUUUCGAAGGCCUGAGAACCUUCGGGAAACUGGAUGAGGCGGCAUGUCGCCUCAACCUCCCAUUUAUGCCUGAUGCUCUGGAACAGUGGUCGUCUGUUUUCACGGUGCUGACAGUGAUCAGCAAUCGGGAAAGUCCAUUCCAUCGUGACGUCAAGUCCUGCCCUCAGUGGUUUGACAUCCUCGAGAGCGUUGGCAACUAUGAGAAUGGUGGCAUGGUAUUGCCUGGUCUGGGUAUAGAGUUGAUGUAUUAUCCAGGGGUCAUGGUGGGCAUUUCUGGCAAGAUCAUAUGCCACGGUGUCCCUCGGGUUGAUGGGGAUCGAAUUUGCUGGGCAUGGUACAUGUGGGAUGCAGUUCAUGAAUAUGCAGGGAUACCAUGA